CCAUUACCCAACCUUAGUGUGAAGGAAGAGACAGCCCGGCUCCUAGGGAACUUCUACAGUUACGGCCACACUCCGCGUUGCACGUUUUUACAAAAGGGCCCUCCUGCCUCUCUAAUCUGAACGAGCAGAACGGGCUCGUACACGGAAAAGAACCAUAGACAUGGGCACACCGCGCCCAAGACGGCUACGCCGAACUUCUAAUUCAGGAAAGCCCUUUAAAUCUUCAAGGCCCACAGGCAGGAAAAGAGCGCGUCGUGGGUGAGCUGCGCGUUGGGCAACGCGGGCGGGGCGGACAAGUCCGGAUCGGCUCCGGGAGGCGGAGGCUGACUGGCGGGAGGGGGCGCGUGAGUCAGGAACGGUCGCGCGGGGCGGGUCGCGUAGAGCCGGGAGCCCGCCGCCCGCCGCCCAGAGCUCGCUGCGCCGCUGCCGCUGCCGCCGUCGCCGUCGCCUCGCCGCCGCCGCCGGACGCCGACUCCGCGCCGGUCCCGCGAACACAUGGCAAAAAUGUCCAGCCCUACUGAGACCGAGCGGUGCAUCGAGUCUCUGAUUGCUGUUUUCCAGAAGUUUGCUGGAAAGGAGGGUAACAACUGCACGCUCUCCAAGACAGAGUUCCUAACCUUCAUGAAUACGGAACUGGCUGCCUUCACAAAGAACCAGAAGGACCCUGGUGUCCUCGACCGCAUGAUGAAGAAACUGGACCUCAACUCUGACGGGCAGCUAGAUUUCCAAGAAUUUCUUAAUCUUAUUGGUGGCAUGGCUAUAGCUUGCCAUGACUCCUUUACAAAGUCUCCGCAUUUCCGGAAGUAAAUCGGAGGGGCUCUUGGGCCUGCGCUCCAGACCACCUCUUGCCUUCAAAACAGCUUCCCAGUCAUCACGUCCUCCUCACAAUCUCCAUGGACCCUGAGCCCAGAGUGCCCCCCACCCCCCCACCCCUCUGUGCAGGCCAGUCCUGCUGGUAGUUAAUAAAGCAAUAGUGUUUUUUAAAUCCCACA